AUGGCGCCGCCGCCGCAGCCGCCGGCGACCGCGCCUGUGCAAGUCGCUGCGGGGGGCAGCGACAGCUCCUCCUCGUCUUGCCUGUUCGCCUCGCCCGCACGGGACUACAUACAGGACCUACCCGAUGAGAUCCUCGUGCUCAUCUUCGCGGCACCCCAACCUAAUAAACUUAUAAUUGUAAUGGCGUUUUUGUUAAAGAGGGCGGUUCUUGGCCUCCCUCCCUCGAUUCCCCCGCUGCCGCCGCCGCCGCUCCGCCGUUUCGAUUCCUCCGGUGGCCGGUGGCCGGUGGCAAGCGGAGCCGCUUCCCAUCGAGGAGGAGCAGGAGGAGAUAGCCCCUCUCCGCUCCGAUCGGAUCCCUUCACGGGUGCGGUCACCCGCGCCCAAGCGAAGAGGAAGAGAUCCUUGCAGCAGCAAUCGCCGCGUGCCGGAGGCGGAGACCCCGGCCCCGAUCUGAUCAGCCUUCUCCCCGACGAGGUCCUCGCCGACAUCAUCUCGCUCCUCCCCACCAAGGACGGCGCGCGCACGCAGGCGCUGUCCGCCCGGUGGCGCCCGCUCUGGCGCUCGGCGCCGCUCAACCUCGCGACCGGCGGCGCGGACGUCGACGAGGCCACCGUCUCCCGCAUCCUCGCCGCGCACCGGGGCCCCGCCCGCCGCUUCGCCGUCUCCAACCUCGCGCUCGCCGGCCUCGACGGCUGGCUCCGGUCCCCGGCCCUCGACCGCCUCCAGGAGCUCGACGUCUCCUACAGCCUCGCGGCGUCGCCCACGCCGGCGAUGCCGCCUUCCGCGCUGCGCUUCUCGUCCACCCUCCGCGUCGCGCAUCUCGGCUUCUGCCAGUUCCCCGACGCGGCUGCCGGCCAGGCCCACUUCCCCAGGCUCCGGCACCUCACGCUCCGCUUGGUCACCGUCUCCGAGCAGUCCUUGCACGCCCUGCUCGCCGGCAGCCCUGCUCUCCACAGCUUGGUGCUCAAAUACAGCUAUGGCUUCCGCCGUCUUCGGAUCAACUCCCGGAGCCUUAGCUGUUUCGCCGUGCAUUACAGUGAUCGCCCCGCCCGCAGCGGCACUGAGAUCAUGCUGCAGGAACUCGUUCUUGAGGACACCCCGUGUCUUGAAAGACUGCUCCAUUGUGGAACAUAUAGAGAUGAUGGCAUGCGCGUCUCGGUAAUUUCAGCACCAAAAUUGAAGAUGUUGGGUCGCCUCACGGAUAGAAUCGGCAGACUCGAGCUCGGCACCACUGUUUUUGAGACAAAUGCAGCGGGCAUGGAAAACACGCUGGCGGAUAAACCCCUAGAUCGCAUAGAUUGCCUUGACCUCCAUCUGAAGAGGAUAGUAUUGGGCUUUUAUAUGGGCAAUAAAUCACAUGUUGACAUUGCCUCAUUCUUUAUAUUGAAUGCAAGGGUGCUGGAGUCAAUGAAACUUCUUGUCGAAACUCAUCUAGUGCAAAACAAAAUGUGGGCUGAAAAUCAGUGCAAGCGUCUCCAGCUAGAGAAUCGGGCUUCUAGUGCUGCUCAGAUUGAAUUUGCGACUUUUCAAUGGUUCAGUUGCAAAGACAUUCAUGACUUGUCAGACCCCUUUGAAUAUGUGCUUUGAAGUUUCGAAAACUUUCAGUUACUCUUCUUUGGGUUGCUUUAUCCAAAUUUUUUAGUUCACCUUGCUUGUAAAUAUUUGGACAAUGUUUUUGAGCUAUAUUGCUUGCCUUUGAAUUGCUAGAUUACCUGUAUACAACUUGGCGUGCUCAUUUUGAUUCACCACAUGAUAUUAUUGUUCGAAUAA